UGUCCUCUGGUCUUUCGGAGGAAAGAAGGAAAUCAUCACUGGCAGCCUCUCGGACGCUCAUAAUCCACAGACACACAUCUAUUCGCUGGCUUUGUGGCACCGACACUCUGACACGAUGCACCUCAACCUUCCUCUCCUGUUUUUUUGCCUUUUCGGCACAGUCACCCUGUGUGGAGCACAGUCAACUAUACCCGGCCCAACCACCCCAGCUCCAACCGGCACUUCUGCCACCACCCCAGCUCCAACCGGCACUUCUGCCACCACCCCAGCUCCAACCGGCACUUCUGCCACCACCCAAGCUCCAACCGGCACUUCUGCCACCACCCAAGCUCCAACCGGCACUUCUGCCACCACCCCAGCUCCAACUGGCACUUCUGCCACCACCCCAGCUCCAACCGGCACUUCUGCCACCACCCCAAGUCCAUCCUCAUCCGGUCCGGCCCCCACUGAAGGAACGGUUGCCCCUGAAUCGACCAAUCCUCCUCCAGCAGAGGGACUCUCGUCCGGAGCCAUCGCCGGUAUCGCCGUCGGCUCCAUCGCGGGGGUGGCAGCUGUCGGUGGAGGUAUCUUUGGCGCGCUGAAGUUCACUGGGAGGAUCUAAGGUCACAUGGUGACCCGUUUAACAAGACAGCGGAAAGAUAUUAAUGUCUGAAAGGCUCAAAUCAGAAUAUAAUAAUGACAUAAUAAUAACAACUUGAGCCAUUAGGAAGACAUUAAUUCAAUUUGAUCUAUUUGAUAUUUUUAUUGUCAGAAUGAAAAUCUGUUUUAUAUCAUACAUUUUCUAUUUUUGUCAUGUUUUGGUACAGUAGCGGAAAAGGGUCUUUGAAAUUAAUCGACAGCCCUUUUCUACUGGAUUUAAUGCAAUUGUUGGGAGCAUUUGGUUUACAAAAUAUAAUAUAUUAAUAUUGUGAUAUCCUUUACAUCUAAUAACUUUGGUAUAUUAUUUCUACAAUAGUCUAUGGUGAGCGAAGUAUGUUUAGGUCAUCAGAUUCAUACUUGGCAUUCUGUAAAGACAAAUGAAAUAAAAAAUAAAUGAAUACAGAUGUUCCUUUAGACAUUCACGUUCAUUUUCAGUUGUUGACUGUUUUCUUAUAAACUGGGCUUGGAGAAAAAAUACAAACAUUUAAUAAAUAACUGCUUCCCACUGUGACAUAAUAUCACAUAUUUGUUAUAAGUUAUAAGUAUGUUUGAUGAAGUCAUGAGUUUAAUGAUGCGUAUGAUAUCUAUCACAUCUUUAAUUAGUGUUCGCGGCUUACGAUAAAGACAUUUUAAAUCUCA